AUUGUUCUCGGAGGUGGUUUUGUUCCCCCCGCCCACCUUGCGGGUCCUAUAAGAAAGCUCCCAGUCAGCCCGGACGCGGCACGCUGCCGUCCCGCUGAAAAUGGAUGCGAACAUUGUCGUUAUGGGGACAGAAAGUGUCGGGAAAUCAGCGAUUACGGUGCGUCUGCUGACUCGGAGAUUCAUCGGAGAGUAUGGGGAUAUCGAAUCCAUCUACAGUCACAGUUUUGGAAGGGAAUUCACCCUCAAUAUUUGGGAUUCGCCUUAUUCUGAGGAUUUGUCCUCGGAGACCUCCCUCUUUGAGAAGAAGGUCCAAUGGGCAGACUGCUACGUCCUUGUCUACAGCAUCUGCGACCGGGCCAGUUUCAACUCUGUCAGCAGGCUCAUUGAGACCAUCAAGUCCACCAAAGACUACGUGAACGCAGAUAAAGGGCCCAUCGUGAUCGUGGGCAACAAGCGGGACCUGCACCACAGGCGAACCGUGCUGAGCGAGGAGGGCCGGCUGCUGGCGCGCAACACGGACUGCCACUUCUACGAGGUGUCGGCGGCUGAGGACUACCACAGCGUGCGCACUGUGUUUCACGGACUGGUGGACAGGAUGAAGGACGCCAAGCUGACGGACGGACUCCCUUUAGUGAUGCCGUGGCAGAAGAGGUGGGGAAUUUUCUACAAAUCUUCAAAGGAGAGGUUCCGCAUUGUGUUGGACUGGAUGGAUUAUGAUCUGUGUGAAAUAAUCUGGGCCAAAGGUAACAGUCUCCUGAGGCGGAGAUACUUCAGAUAUUGCAGCGGUUUUGAACACAUUACUCGAGUGGGGUUAACUGCACUUCAGGAGACACUUAGUCAUUAGACUGGUGCCGGACGUACGCGAUAAUAAAUUUGGAUGGAAAUGGUAUCUACAUAAUGUGCCUUUUUUAAAUUCAAACUGUAAAACAAAGCUCAGAAGUGAUGUGUUUGUACCACUGGAAAAAGUGACUGAAUAGUUCCCUGUAUCGGGUAAUUCUUGUAAAGCAUCUGUGUUGCCAUUUAAGUGCUGUAAUGCAUCACCCCAAAACGUAUUCUACAUUUAAGAGCACUCAUAUUGACUUCAUUAUUUAUGAUUCAAAAACUCAACAGUUUCUCUUUUGUAAAUAAAGCAUAAAAUGUGUGUUCCAGUUAAUGGGUUUGUUUUUGUUUUUUUCCACAUUGAGGCAAGGUCCUUGUAAAGUGGAACUUCAGAUCAAUAUUGUUUUUGUUGAAGUUUGCUCAAGGGCACUAGAUCAGGGAGGCUGCUUUCUUUGCUGAUCAUGUUUUGUCGGUCAAAUGUUUUGUCGGUUCUGACGUCCCCCCCCAGUCUACCAUAAAUAACUGAGAUGUGUUGUGUAAAGCAGUUGGUAAGUGCAGGUUUAAAUACCUGAAAGUAUCCACUGAAUUGUAGCAAAUUAAUAGCUGCAUUAAAAUCAGGGUUGGAAUCUAACAGAAGUGUAACGUGCACACGCACGCUGCCGGUGUGUAGGCAGCUGCCGGAGGGCAAAGCGCCGUCCAGAGGGUAAAGUGUGGGAUGUGGUUCGCGCCCUGAGAAGUCAUCAUUCCGGGGUUGCUCUCAGUGAGGCCUUUUCUGCUGACUAGGAGUGAUGUGACUGACUCAAAAUGCUGCUGACACGCCAUCCUUUCUCCCAUUGAUACUGGUAGAGGCUGCCAUCAGGACUAACGUAUCAUUCAUACCCGUUAACACUGGAGGAACAGCUUUUUGGAGCAAUUAUGGAGUUAAGUAACUACCAGUGAGCCACAGUUUCAAGUGUGUGCUAUGGAGCUUGUGAAAACUUUUGUCUCAAAUGUAUGAUAUAUUUACAUAUAUAUAAACGUGUACGAUUUAUAUUGAGUUCCAGCUGUGAAGUUAAUAUCCUUCACUUGUUCACGUUUUCCUGCUUUUGUGAUGCAGAUUCCACUGCUGGUUCGAAAGGAAGUUUCAAGUGCAGUUAACCCAGUUUCAUUUGUGUAUUGGUGAUCAUGCAUUUGUAACUAAAAUAAAUGUAUCAUGAUUAACUAUAUUACAUUUCAAUUAUCUUGAGUUUGGUCGCUUUUCUGAUUGAUUCAUUGGUUGCCCUGACAAAGUUUAGCAUUUAUAACUGCCAAUCAGAGUGCCUCUCCGAUUGUUUCGCCAUAAGGACUCCUUGUGAAACACUGUAUUUUCCUCACCUUACUAAUAAAGUUAAAAUGUA